GGAGCGCAUCGAUCACCGCCCUGCCUGCCUGCCUCCAUCCGGCCGCCCGCCCGCUCGGCGCUCGGCUCCCUCGGCAGCCCCGGCCCUCCCUGUCCCCCGCCAUUUCGCACCGGGACGGGCAGCGAGGCGGAGCCCCCGCCGCGCCGGGGCGGCCCACCGAGGCAGGCAGGCAGGCACGGAGACGCCGGCGUCGCCCCGCGGCUCGGCGCAGCGCAGCGCCACGCAGCCUCUUCGCGGUCGGUGUAUGCAGCUCUGCGCCGCGCUUCAGAGGUGUGAUUUUGGCUGGGAAAUCGCUUUUUUUCCCUCGUCCCUUUUUGUCCUGCCUUUCCGGGAGAGGAUCGCUUUCCGGUGCUAGUAAAGGAACGCGGCGGUGAAUGAAAACGCGCUGACAGCAUCCUCAUUAGUUGGAGCCUGACUCUCUUCUGCUUAAUGUUGGUUUCUUUGUCAUCAGGUCUGCUAAAAAAUGACAGAAUAUAAGCUUGUUGUCGUUGGAGCUGGUGGUGUAGGCAAGAGUGCCUUGACAAUACAGCUAAUUCAGAAUCACUUUGUGGAUGAAUAUGACCCUACAAUAGAGGAUUCCUACAGGAAGCAAGUAGUAAUCGAUGGGGAAACCUGUCUCUUGGAUAUUCUUGAUACAGCAGGUCAAGAAGAAUACAGUGCAAUGAGGGACCAAUACAUGAGAACAGGAGAAGGUUUCCUGUGUGUAUUUGCUAUAAACAAUACAAAAUCUUUUGAAGAUAUUCACCAUUAUAGGGAACAAAUAAAAAGAGUUAAAGACUCUGAAGAUGUCCCAAUGGUGCUAGUAGGAAACAAAUGUGAUUUGCCUUCCAGAACAGUAGAUACAAAACAAGCUCAGGAUUUAGCAAGAAGUUACGGAAUUCCUUUCAUUGAAACAUCAGCAAAAACAAGACAGAGAGUGGAGGAUGCUUUUUAUACAUUGGUGCGAGAGAUUCGACAGUACAGAGUGAAAAAAAUCAGCAAAGAAGAAAAGACUCCAGGGUGCGUGAAAAUUAAAAAAUGCCUUGUAAUGUAACAGGGUAAGUCUUGUAAUGUAACAGGGUAAGUCUUGUAAUGUAACAGGGUAAGUUCUACAAAUCAUUUGUCAAAUAAAGCUGAUUGAGAAUAUCUUGCAAAUCAGACAUUUUAUGAUUAAUUACAUAAUUUAAGAUAUAAAACCAAUCAGAUUCCAGUAUAGUAGUCCUGAAUAAUAUUCUUAGCAAACACAUGGAUUUGCUUUGUUUUAAAGGUUUUUGUUAAAUAGAGUAAGAGGAGGUCUUUCCUGCAUAUCAGGGUCUCCAUCUGUAAAGUGCAGAUUUAAUUUUGUGUGUCAGGAAGUUGAGAGGAAAAUAUUUUAAUAUUUUCAGUUGCAGAUACUACUGAAGUUGGACGUUGACUGAACCUUCAGCUGAUGAGCUGAGGGGAGAAGAUAAUAUUUAUAGGCCUUCUGAGGUGCAGAAAGAGGAAUUUCUCACUUUUUUUUUUUUCCUGAGUCUUUAAAAAGAAAAGGAGGGGAGGGGACAGGCAACAGUGAAGUACAACUGAAAAAAAAAAACAUCCAGAAUUGUCGCAAAUAAUUUGUUAGUGAUAGACUCCAAGUAAGAAGAAUAGGAAGGAGGAGGAGAGAAGAAUCUGUGAUGUGGAAAAAAGUGCUAGUCUCAAUCACUUCCAGCGAUGUCUGGAUAAACCACCAAAAUAGCUCCUUGCAUAUAUUACUAACCCAUUAAUUUUUUACCUCUUUCUGCAACAAAUCAGAAAGUGGGUUGUUACUCCUUAUAUACUUUGCAAGCAGGAGGAUGAUAUGGAGUUUCCUGUUGUUUAAAAGAUAGCGUCUGUUUUUCAAGAAGUGUUUUUCACACUUUAGAACACCUUGCAGAAAGGUUGUGGAAUUCAAAUUCCAUCUUAAAAAGACUGUUGUACCUGCAGGAAGAUUUAAUUCGAUAAGGGAAUCGAAUCCUCAGAGGGAGGAGGGAGAGAUUUUAUUAUGUAACAUUUUUUUUUCUAGAUCUUCUCAGGAUUAUUAUAUCACUGAAAAGCUAAGAGUGAAUGACUGCUCUAAGAUGCAACUUCAGAUAUUUGCUUAAGAGAAGAUGCUUUAUGAUACUGUUUGUAUCAAAGGCUUCCUUUUCAGGAAACUUGAAACUUCAGUUAUGAAGCUCCCCCCAGUCUUGCAUCUAAAUAUCUUAAUAAAAUGCCAUGGAAAUACCUUGUUUUAUUUUUCUAGUUAAAGCAACUUGGCAAGAUUGCUUUUGAUAAGUGAAAUAAGAAUUAAAAUUGUCUAGGCCUCCUUCCUGUAGUCUUCUGAAAGCCAACUAUGCUAUUUUUUGCUGUCUUACUAAUAUAGCCACAAUGUGAAGUGCCUUUGUUUCCAUGUAAGAUGUUUUAAGUUUCUAUUAAACCCUUGCCCUCCACCUUGAUAAUGGUUUGACCUUGUUCCUUGAGCUCCUCUUCCUAUGGGAAGUUUUGUUCCUUUUCACUUAGUAAAUAAUUUCCCACUUGAUCCCCAUUACCAGAAUUAGUCUAGUAAAGAAAGCAUUCAUUUGUAAUCCUUGAAGUAAAAUUUCUUUUGGUAUACUAGAUCUUGAAUUUUCUGCUUUUCCUUUUCUUAGACUUCCUUGGGAGGAGAAUAGGAUGUUGGGAACUGUGGUUUUAUUUGUUUUUCAGAUUCUGGGAUUCUUUUUUUUUUUUUUUUAAAUAUAGCUGAGGGAAUGUAUGCUUUCUUUUUACCUGCCUCCUAUUUUCUUUAUGCCUGCUUCCAAAAGAAGUAUGUCAUCUUAUUUUUUUUCCCCAGAUCAAGGGAAAUCUCUUCUGUCAGCAAUGGAUAUUGUUUCUUUUUUGCAUAUCCUAUUUCAAAAAUAGUUUUGGAUACAAGACUGUAGAACUUGCAGAGUGCCUGCUCAGGAGAAAAGACAUUCAUCUUCAUAUUCAAAUGAAUUCCUUUAAAAAUCUUCAAGGUACUGAUAGUCAUUUCAGCAACUUCAUAUUUAGGAGGUUAAGCUGGAGGAAGCAUACUCCAAAAUUCUUGUGGUACAGCUGUAAUUCAGUAGUGAUUCUAGUGGCGUAAGAAGUCUAGCAUUUAAAACACUCUGGCUUGUAUUACUUCCCAUUCCGUGACAUAUGUAUCUUAUUUCAGCCUGCUGUAUAGUAGAAAAGCUAAGGAGAGCAGCACCUAAUGAUGCAAGUUUUUCAGCUGGUAUUCAAAACUUCAAAAAUACUAAUUAUAGCACACUUUGCAGUGAUGCACAGUAUUUAUUUUCCUUUCUUGUCUGCGGGUAGUCAAAUUUGAUGGUUCAGAGUGUUUUGGUACCUCUAGGAAUAUUCAGUCACCUUGUCACUUACAAGGUGCCUUUUUAGUUACUUUAAUCUUGUCAAAGUUUUGAGCAACCUUGUACUACCCAGAUUAUUAUUAACUGCUGACACUUUCCAAGAUUUUAAUUCCUUUGGUUGUUACACAAAGCAGAAAGUACAUAAAACCUUUUGCUCAUUUUUUCAUUUCCAACAAGCAAGAAGAAAAUUCUGAAACUCAGUGUAAGAUCCUCAAACGAUUUCUCUCUUGAAAGCAUUAAGUAAGUUUUUAUAUAAAAAACAUACUAUAAUGAAAAGCUGCUCUAUGGUAUAAAUUAAGCAUCUAGACAAGCAAUUCAGAUUGAGCUGUGUUAGUAAAAAUACUUGAAUUAUGAAAGUUCAUUAACUUCUAGAUUUUUGCUUAAAACUAAUUUAAUGAUUUUUCCAUGGAACUACAGACACAUACAUGUUCACUUUCUCACAACUGUUGUGUGUAUUAUAGUAUUUAUUAAAUAUAUUUAAAAGACUCUUCCACCAUUUUAAACUUUUGUAAAGAUCUAUUUGAGGCUGCAGUCCUUAAGGAAUCCCAAUUCCUUAUGAUUUUGUGGUUUCUUAUUGAUAGAUUCAGGUUACUUGCCAAGUCGCACACAUGCCUGUAACCGCAUAACCAGACAUCCAGAUUUCUGUGUGGCUACAGGAUGAUAGAACUGUGGUGCCCCAAAGAGAAGCUGUAGCCAGGAUCAGGUUGUUUCUGCAGGAACAGUGGGAUUUUUCUGUUCCUUUCAUGUUUCUUAGCUGCACUUUGGAAAAACAAGAGUCAAGAGCAAGCUCUGUCCUGAAUGCAGCAACUUACUCUCAGCCUCUGUUUUUCAGAGCAAAUAUACCUUUAUUGUGGCUGUGUGGUAUAGCUUGGAGCAUACAUUGUGUAUUUUGAGUUUCUAAUGCUAAGCCUGGAUUUAAAGCACUCAUUCAUUCAGUACAUCUUAUGCUUCCUGAAAAGUUUGUGCACAAUAACUCCAUUGUUAGAGGGAGAAAAGUCAGCUGCAUGCUGUCCCUUGCUACUGAAAAAAGUAACUGGGGAAGUUGACCACAUUUGAUUUUGUAGUAUUGAUGCCUUUAGGGAACUUCUGUAAACAGAGUUUCCACUUGUGUUCUAAUUUCAUUUUUAACAUUUAAUCCACAGACUGAAAGAUCAGUUUAUUUUGAAUCCCUCAGUCCUAAAACAAAUAUUCUAAAUGCUUUGUAUGUUAUGUUAUAUUUAUUACCUAAAUUUAAAAGGAAUUUCUGUUCAAAUACAGAAACUAGUAUAUAUGUUGUUAAUAACUUUAAAAGCUUGCUCUACAAAGGUGUAAAUGCGAGGAUGAAAGUUGUUCUUCACAAGUAUUUUGCAACAUGCACUGUAUUUAAAAGAUCAUCACCUUACUAGGUAGAAUAAGAUUUCAACCUUAGUUGUGAAGCCAUGUGAUUAAAGGCCCACAAUAUUACUUUGUAUGAGUUACUUUCUCUGUAUUUACUUAAAAUAUAGUUUAAGGAAGGUAGACUGCUCACUUGAAGACUUCAAUUGCAAUUUCUGUUUAGUUUGUCUUAGAAGAUGCCACUUAAAGCUAACAACUGUCCGUGUAAUGAAUGCUUUUCUAGCACAGUAAAAGUCUGAAGUGCUGAAGUAGUUUUGUAAGGAGAUGUGAAUAGUCUUGUAGAUGAAUAUUGUGCAGAAGUUUUUCUUGUUGUAAGAAUGAAACUGUUCUCUAUUGUGACUGAUUCUUAGUACUUUCCUCGUAGUUGGCUGUCUGAGAUGAGAACUGCAGCAGAUAUGCUUUGAACCAUCACUAUUUGUAGAUCAUUUCCCUACAUGAACAUUGCCAAAUGUACUUUGUGCAUUAAUGCUGAAGUUAUAAGUAAAAUACAGUAGCUGUCUAUAAAAUAAUACCUAGCUUUUGUAACUCUCAAAAGACCUGACCUUUUCCAGAACUGUGGGUACUUUUACUAGGUAUGAUACAUCAAUUUUAUUUUGACAAAUAACACUUUAAAACUUAGAGCAACUUAAUUGCUAGAGUAUUUUAUAUGUCAUGAGAUCUUGCAGAGUGUACUAUUAGUUUUGGUGGAAGAGCUACUAAGGACUUUGAUCUAACAUUAGUUAUUUGUAAACAUGUUUAUAAACUUGACACAUGAAAGCUUUUAAUAAAUUUGUUUGGAGGUCUCUUCCAACCUAGACGAUUCUGUUAUACUGGAAGCAUUGCUUUCUAGGUGUAGCUAGUUAACAUCUCACGGUUAUUUGGACUUAACAUAUAUAAACCAUAUAAUGGUUUCAUCACCAUUUGGUAGUUGACUGAAACAGCAAUGAAUAAGCUGAUUUUUGACAUUUUAUUUUUGCCCUGUUUUCAGAGUUCACUGUCUGCUCUUCUGCUGAAGUAGGUAUACAGGAAUAAACUAAGACUUGAUUUUAAUUGGCAGCUUGAAGGCAAACUAGCUGACAAGAGGUAGGAAGCUGCCUGUCAGUUGUAGGGCUGAAUUUCUAAGUCAGUUUCUAUAGUAGUGCAGUUGGCUACUGUGAUGCAUUAACAUUACACAACUAUUUCUGACGUAUCUAAAAGAUAAUGCAAGGAGUGAAAAAUAAAGUUUUUCUUAAUGUUUUUAUAACUGUCAGUAUUAAAUGUAAAGGGCUUACUGAGAACACAUACUCAGUUGGGAUUUGGGGCAGCCUGAAAGGUAGGUAAUAAUAUAAAUAAACUGUAUCACAUAAAUAGGUCAUUUCAAAGUAUACUGUCUAACACUGUACUCGAUUAUGGUUCACAUCAGGCAUACAGGUCUCUGGUCAAAACAGCUAAUUUUCCUCAGUUAUAAUUAUCCCCCCAAAAGUGGAAAAACUACUCAGUGUGAAGAAACAUUAGCAUUUGUGUCUGUAGCUUAACUGUUGGAGCUGUGGAGAUUUUAAAUGACUGUACGUGAUAGAACACACAGAUAAUGUGUUCCAUGUGUCUUCAUAUAGGUUGAAUUGAAUGAUUUAUCAAAUACUAAUUUAUCAUUGCAAUGCCGAAUUGAUUUGAUUGACUUGCUUAUGUAAAGAUUUAAAAAAAACAACACUAUGAUGUGAUUACUGUAUUAGUAUGCCUGACAAAUGACAUGAAUAUGUAGAUUAAUCAUAACCAUCUCUUUGGUACCAAAUUUUUGCUGCAAAUAUUUGUAUUUACUUGUAAAAGCCGUGUAGAUUAUUAAGGCAUAAGCAAAGCUAGCUAAUGCUUCAGAGCUUUAUUCUGAAAUCUAGUAGUAAUAAUAUACUUGGAAUCUAAAGAUGUGGUGCCUGUGCUUUUCUAGUCUGAGGUGGGACAACAUGUGCCUCACCUACGUGGACACGAGAGCAGUACGUGUUCCCAAGUCACAUUAUUAACAGAGUUGUACCUGCGGAUGUCUGUGGUCAGCUCCUGGGCAGUAACUCACCCGCAGGCUGCUCUAAGUCCAGCUUGGGAAUAGUAGAGAAAAGGCAGGCAGAUGAUGCUAGCUGUUGCUGGUGUCAGAACAGUUCAUUUGGGUGUCUUAGUGUUCCUCAGACCUCAGGAGAGGAACAGCCUGCAGCCAGGACUAGUUGUUCAAACUGGCUGGCUGCUGCCUAGAGCUGCUCUCCUGUGGGCUCUGCUGCCCAUGUACAGUGAUGCAGUUAGACGUGAUGCAGUCAGAUGUGCAUUUCAUAUAUGACAGGAGACAACUGUAGUCCCCCAUCCAUCUCAAUCCAUUUUUCCCAAGGUGCCCACUCCCAAAAUCUAGAAACGCUCAAGAGGGUGUUGGUGCCCCAGCAAUUCCUCCAAUGCACAGCUUGAUUUAGGGAUGUUGUAAACGCUUCGGCAAGGAGAAGACGGUGUCAGCUCUCCUGGCAGGCAGCAAGACUGCUGAUUGAACACACUUCACCUGAUCUGGUCAGAUGAAAACAGCCUGUACUUAUGUAGGCAAUUAAGUCUGUUAAUGUGAUCUUAAUGUGUGCACCUCUGUAUUUUUUCAGGGUGUUGAUGAUGCCUUCUAUACAUUAGUUCGAGAAAUCAGAAAACACAAAGAGAAGAUGAGCAAAGACG